CCCCUUUCCUUGACCCGUGACCCCCCUGGACCCCCCAAAUCUCCAUGUCCCUCCAGUUCUCCACUCCCUGCGUUUCCUGUCUGUGGCGGUGACGGAGCCCAGCCCGGGGAUCCCUCAAUUCAUGGUGUUGGGAUACAUGGACGGGAUCCCCUUCAGCCGCUACGACAGCGAGAGACGCCGGAUGGAACCGCAGACGCCGUGGAUGGCGGCUGAACCUGAGACGGAAUAUUGGGAUGAAGGGACCCAGAUCGAAGAUAGGAACCGGCUUGUGGCUGUCACCAACCUGGAGAUACUGCGGGACCGGUACAACUGGAGUGGGGGUCUCCACACGCUGCAGCGGCUUUAUGGCUGUGACCUCCUGUCCGACGGGAGUGUCCGUGGAUCCAGGCGGGAUGGCUUAGACGGGCGGGAUUUCAUCUCCUUCGAGCUGGGAUCCAGGAGCUUCGUGGCGGCCGAUGGAGCUGCCCAGAUCACCAAGAGGAAAUGGGAAUCUGAUGGGACCGUGGUGGACUAUUUCACCAAUUACCUGGGGAACACCUGUCCGGAAGAACUCCGGAAAUUCAUUGGAUACGGGCGAGAGGUACUGGAGCGCAAAGGUGAGGGAGACAGAAUUCCCAUGGGAAUGUGGGACUUGGGAAUGUGGGAUUUGGGAGGGUGGAACUGA